UUUGUAAAAAGCAGGAUGUCGCUUUGUGCAAGUCAGGCUGGAUUGGCGCCAAACGAAGCCUCGCCUUCAUUUGUCAACCACACUCUUUUCCUCAAUAUGGCGUCGGGCAAGAAGGUAAAGAAGAGCAAAGGGAAGACCAUCAACCUGAAUGACUUCCUGGCGACGGACAACGGGCCCACGCCGGGACAGGCGGUGGUCAUGGCUCCAAGGAAAAUCACGUCAUGGGCCGAUGAGGUCGACGACGACAAUGACUCCUAUGAGACUACAAAGCAACGAGUUGUGUUGCCGACUGCGCCGAGAGCAGCGCGAGGAGCGGAAGUUGACGAGGAAAGAAUUCCGCAUAACCCGCCGUACAUGGCGUAUGUUUCAAAUUUGCCAUAUGACGCUGAUGAGGAGGACCUGAUUGCAUUUUUUGGAGAUUUGAAGAUCCUCGAGGUCAAGCUGCCGAAAGAUGAUCGCAGUGACAAUGGAAAGCUCAAAGGCUACGGCUAUGUUGAGUUUGAAGAGAGAGGUGACUUAAAAGCCGCACUCUGCAUGACGGACACAAACCUGAAAACCAGAAGAAUCCGCAUUGAUGUGUCUGAAAAUGAGAGGAGAGGAGGCAUGGGUGGCCGUGGGCGACCUGACUACUCGGAUCGGCCGAUGACUGACUGGCGGUCAGGUCCUCGUGACGAGCCUCCCAGAGACAGGGAGGGAUACGGAGGAGAUAGAGGAGGAGAUAGGGAAGGUGGAUUUGGACGUCGAGGAGGCGGAGACCGAGACUUUGGUCGCUCGGAAGGUACCAUGGGACCUUGGGAGAGGGAUCGUGGUGGUCCUGGGCCAGAGCGCUCAUUUGACAGAGGUGGUGAUCGCUUUGGUGGUGACCGAGGCGGCUUUGACAGAGAUCGAGGAGGUGACAGAGACAGGGGUGGCUUCGACAGAGACAGAGGUGGUGAUCGAGGUGGCUUUGACCGAGACAGAGGUGGCGAUAGAGGUGGAUUCAACAGGGACAGAGGAGGCUUUGAUAGAGACAGAGGUGGGGACAGGGGAGGCUUUGACCGGGACCGAGGUGGCGGCGAUAGAGACAGAGGUUUCCGCAGUAACUUCGGCAAUGAUCGCUACGAAGGUAGAGACAGAGGAGGUGGUUUCCGAGGAGAGAGGAGGUUUGAUGACCGCAGAGAUGACCGUGGUGAGGAGCCGGAAGGUCCCAAGGAAAGGCCUAAGCUGAAUCUUGCGCCCAGGACAAAACCUAUUUCUGAGGCUGCUGAGUCUGACCCCAGGACAGAGGAUGAACCUUCGGCCCCUCCUGCUCCCAAAGGAGCUUCAAGCGCUUCUAUUUUUGGAGGAGCAAAACCUGUUGACACUUUGGCCAGGGAGCUAGAAAUUGAAGAGCGCCUGGCCAAGGACAGAGCUGCAAAAGCAUCUGCGGAAGCUGAAGAGAAAGAAAGAGAUAGUGCUGCACAAGAGAGGGAGCCAGCACCUGUCAAACCUUCGUGGAGGUCUGAGAGAGUUGUUGAUGAGAAAAGAGGCGACGAUGGCCCAAGAAAAUUGGAGGAUCGACCACCCCGAAAUGAAGGAGAGGGAAAGUAUCAACCUCCCAGGUCUGCUCCUAGGUCUGGUGACGAUCGUCGAGGCGAUGGACCUCGAGGUGGUCCAAGGAGGGAUGAUCGUAGGGACGAUCGUCGUGAUGACCGCCCGAAUAGGCGACCUGAGGAUCGACCUGGUCGCAAUGAAGACCGCAAAGGUGAUGACCGGCCGAAAGCAGCAACUGUGGACAAAAAUGUAAAACGAGAUCCCAAAUCAACUGAUGAGCCCCGAAUGCCGAAAUUCCAAGAGCAGAAAACUCCAGACUAUAGUGAAAAAAAUAUUUUCGCUGCACUUCCUGACGAAGACAUCGAGUGCGAGUAGUGCUGUGCCGAUUUUUGUGACGUCUUUCAAAACAGCGCUAUUUUUUCUGCUCAACUGGAGCCUGUUCAUUUUAAUUUUCCUUUUUCACAUGUGAAAACCAUUAUUAGCUACUGAUUGGUUUGCAUAGGUCAAUUAUCUAAAGCGAAACCAGUUAUAUUGAUUCACACAAGUUCACACGAUGGACCUUUUGCAAUCAGUUUUUGUUUUGUAUGCAUUCAUAAGUGUGAUGGUUGGGGGAAUGUUAACGAGAUGAAUGUGACAGCAUUUGUUGCUGAUCUGCAUGAUCAACCGGAACCAAGACGAGCAUUAGUAUUGCUUUUGGUUAUUAUUGUACAGUAUGAGUGUUUUGCAAUGAAUAAAUUCCAUUUGUAUGGCAAAACAGCAUUAGCCAUUAAAAUAAACAACAAUUUAAACUUGA